AUGGAUGCCUACACAGUCAUAGGUCGCAUUGGAGAAGGUGCUCAUGGUGUUGUAGUGAGAGCGAAACACAACCUAACGGGGAAAACUGUGGCGCUGAAGAAGAUACCAUUGCGAAGGCUGGAUCAAGGGAUGCCAACGACAGCGCUUCGAGAAAUUAAAGCCUUGAGAGAAAUUAAUUCUCAGCAUCGAACCAAUACUCGUCAUGUACAAGACAGUCAGCGACUGAAUCGUUCAUAUCGAAACCCACAUGCCACUAAGUCCAUCGAGAGUGUUCUCCCGAAUGUAAUCAAAAUAAUGCUGCAUGAUUAUGUGUUCCUGUCAUCCUUUGUCAUUCAACAACGGCAUUGGGAGAAAUGA